CAGGAGGCAGCAGUAGUACGGUUACCAGCAGAUCUCUAUGCUCCUAGCAAACGAGUAGUCAACCAUCAAGUUAUGUUGUCUGCAUAGUUGUCUGCUCUUGUAAUCAAACUGUCAGUCCACUGAUGUCAACCGCAUGUUAUUUCUUUAUUGCGUUGUUGAGAUGAUUUCUGUAAACCUGCUGUAAAAUCACCCACUGAUCACCCACUGAUCACCUACUGCCAGGGCAUUCGAAUAUCACUCAACAGAUAUCCAUAACCAAUAGCCUAAGAGACGAGCAGCCUUAGCAUGAGCAGAUCAAGUGAAAUCUUAAUCACAAGUGAUGGAUCAGGUCAGAUGUGGAGUGCCGCAGGCUGGGAUCCACAGACUGGGACUCAGCUGGCUACGUAUAAAAAUGGAGCAACUCUUGGUUAUAACACAUUGAAUAUUGUAGCUGGCUCUUAUCUGCUGGCAGCUGACAAGACAAAACCACGUCUCUACUUUUGGCCUUUAAAUAGGCAGACCCAUGUAGAAAAUUUGCGUUUUGUUGUACCAGGGAUUGUCACUGCAUUGACUUGCUCACCAGAUGGACUUUACAUCGUCGCUGCGAUUGGGGAAAAACUUUGUACCUGGCAGACAAGUACUGGGGAAUUACUCGCAGUCCUUAUCAGACAUUAUCAGACAGUAAAUUGCCUCAAAUUUACAUCCGAUGGAUCUACAUUUGCCAGUGGUGGAGAUGAUGGUCUUGUUUUUGUGUGGUCGCUUUCCAGUGUUGUUAGCAAAACUGCAAAUAACACCGGGAACAGACAAGCAGCUCCACUUCACAGCUUUGCUAACCACUCACUGGCUGUGAAAGAUAUUUUCAUUGGCAGAUUUGGUAUUCAAGCAAGAUUGAUUACCGUGUCCCUUGACUGCACUGCUAGAAUAUACGACCUUGACAGUGGAAUACUUUUGCUCAAUCUUGUGUUCAGCGUCCCUCUGACUUCAGUUUGCAUGGAUAUCAAAGAGAAUUUUCUAUUCGUUGGGUGCUCAACUGGAGAUAUUUUUCACUUCGACCUUCACACUCCUCCUAGGGGCAGGGAGCAUCAUGUAGAUCACGGGAAGAACUCCAUUACUUUUAAAGGACACACCAAAUCCAUUAGUUGCCUUUCUGUUGCCGGUGACUGCAAUACUUUGGUCUCAGGAUCUGCUGACGGAUCUGUGAAGCUAUGGCACAUACCUAGCCGUCAGAUCCUUAGGUCAAUACCCCACAAGGGGCCUAUAACUGCCGCAUUCUUCACCAAGGCGGUUAACAAUUUUUUCGCAAAUGAUCUAAAGCCCAAGCUCAUAUUACACAGCUUGCAGAGGACUCCAAAAGACGGUGAAAACGGCGUUAUCGAAGUCAUGAACAAUUACAAUCUGGAAGAUUUCCUGCACCCUGAUGUCUUCUUCAACAAAAAGUGGAAUGAGGAAAUAACUGAUAGUAAUACUCACGCAGAGCUACGAAGAGCUGAAGAAGAAAUCAAAUCUUUGAAAUCAAUCAAUGCAGAAAUGUACAAGUUCGGUUUGAAGUAUCUGAUGAAAUAGGAAAAGAAUUGUUGAGGACAUUUGAUUAUUCAAAUUCAACAACCAAACGAGUACUAUUCUGUACCGUUGUUUAUAUUUUUUAAAUCUGUUAAAUAUAAAUUGAGAAAAUA